AUGGCUGGCGGAAGAGGUCUCAGAAAGGGCAUCAACAAGCCCACAAUCCGUCGUCUUGCCCGACGAGGAGGCGUCAAGAGAAUCUCCUCAAACAUCGAUCCGGACAGCCGAGACAUUGUGAAGGAUGUCAUCAAGCAAGUGCUUGGAGACGCCCUUUUCUACACUCAUCACGCCCGUCGAAAUACCGUCACUGGUGUUGAUGUGGUGCAUGCCCUCAAGCGACAGGGCAGACCCCUCUAUGGCUUUGAUGCUUAG